CACAGAGCGCGGCGGAUCAGUCGGUUUGGGAGGCAUUUCGGUUAGGAAGCGCCGAGUCCACCGAGAAACAUUACAGACGCCCGAGAAUGACUUAGACUCGAUGCAGCACAGCUUCAGUAAGCAGUUUCAGAUGCUGAAAUCAGCCGAAUCGUGUGGCGGAUGUGGACUGGCCCGUAGAUGAGCCGACGUUUGCAGCGAUGGAGAGUGCAGCAGAAGGAAUGCUGGGAAACGAUGGCAUGAUUAAAACAGCAGCUGAUGGGUUUGUUUGCGCUCAGGCUGUGGCUUUAAGAACCAGCGAUGAUCGUCACAGCGUUUCGCCCACGCAGAGCGCUUCGGCCGGCAGCGAUAUCGACGUCACGCUGGAGAACGAGUCGGUCUGGAGCCGCUUUCACAGUCUGGGCACUGAGAUGAUCCUGACGGCGCAGGGCAGACGCAUGUUCCCCUGCUGCCGCUUCCGUCUGAGCGGUUUACAGCCCGAUCUCAGCUACUUCCUCAUCAUGGAUAUCGCGCCUUUGGAUGAUUUCCGACACAGAUGGAACGGGAAGACGUGGGAGCCCGACGGAGCCGGCGAGCCGCACCUCCAGAGUCCGGUGUGUUUCCAUCCGGAUUCUCCGGCUCCGGGUCAGCGCUGGAUGGACGGGCCCGUGUCCUUCUAUAAGGUGAAGCUGUCGCACGGCUCUCUGGAGCGAGAUGACGCUGUGGUUCUGCAUCCCAUGCACCGCUACCAGCCGCGCCUCUACGUGGUUCCCGUGAGCGCCUGUCCCGAUCGCACCGUCCCGCUGGACGGCCCGGACGUCCACAUGUUCACCUUCCCUAAAACAGAGUUCUAUGCGGUGACCAGCUACCAGAACCCGAUGAUAACCCGACUCAAGAUCGACUGCAACCCCUUCAUGCUGGCGUUCAGAGAGGACGGGGCGAGCGCUCGCCUCAUACAGAACAAACUCAAGCUCACGCUGAGCGGACGCUCGCCGACGCCUGCCGACCGUCACACCGCUGACCGCGAGAAACACUGCAGCUCGACACACACACCUCAUGAAUCUGAGGCCGGUGAAGAGGGAAUCCUGUCCGACAGGAAGCGGGCGUCCAGUGAUGAGAGCGGUGGCACUCAACAGCUCGAAUCUGUUCCAGCUGAGCCUACAGCACAGCGAUCAUCUGAGAGCUCAGAAGCAGACAGAUCUCCCAUCAGCCCGUCCGUGGGGCCUCACGCCACAGAGGCCAAACCCGGCGUCCCCUCGAGGGGUCCGGCGCGUUCCGCUGGCUGCGGCGUGAAGCGUGUUUACCGCAGGGGUUGGAGGAGCGGAGCGAGGAAAGCCAAGUCUAAAUGUUGGUCUAAUGUGAAGUACCACAGAUCUGCUGCUGUCAGCAGCGCCGCCGCCGUCCCUGACGCGUCCAUGCGGCCGGAUCUGGAGGAUGUGGAUGGUGUGCUGUUCGUGUCCUUCACUGCCAAGGAGGCGCUGGACGUUCAUGUUGGAAACACGAGAAGAUCUGAGGAACCUCCAUCUCCAUCAUCACACGCACCGACUCAAGCGCAGAACCCACCGCGGGAUGCAGGAGCAGGUUUACCGUCAGCGGACUGGAUCUGUGAGCAGGAGCUCGUCUUACUGCAGCACCUCAAGAAGCUGAAGAACAGACAGAUCAUUCAUCCUGUGCUUCAACAAGUUGGGAUGAAACUGAAUCUUCUGGAUCCAGCGGCACCCAUAGACCUGCAUUAUCUGGGUGUUGCUUUACCUUUGCCCUCACCUGUCCUCACACCAGCCUCCAUCUGUCAACGUGUUCAGAAUUACAGUAAUGAACGCUCCUUUGGUUUCCCGCGCGCCGGGAAGACGAGUGAUCUGACCAGGAUCAAAGGCUGGAUGGAGAAGUUUAAUUCAAAGGGCACAGUCGACAGCUCGGCCAAUCAAUCUGCGUUUUCUUCGGUCAUGCUGGAUGAGUAUCUGGAGAGCGAAGGCCAGCGGAUCAGUGAGCGUGCUGACGUGUUUUCAGCGAGCGCUCCGUCACCUGUGUUCUAUCAGCUGCCUGACAAGAGCAGCAGCUACGUGAGAACCCUAGAUAGUGUGCUUCAGACGCGCAGCUCACCGCCAAACCCCGCCCCCUCUGCACUCCGUGACAAUCACACAAAGAAGUGGCGGACCAGACGUCGUGUCAGAGCGGCUCCGGAAACUAUCGUGCGUUCUUCCUCAGCGAGACUCCGAUGGAAACGCAGCGCUUCUGAAGAUCAUCAUCAUCAUCAUCGUCGUCCUGUAGCGUCCAGUGGUUCCGGUGAAGUUUACUUCAGACGCAAGAGAAGGUACCGUCGACGGAAACGCACGCUGAGGUUUAACAGAGAUGCCGUCGACGGAUCGUCGUCCCCUACAUCCGCUCAAAAGCACACGGAGCUGUUGGUACAGGAAGAGCACGCCGCGUCUCGUGGGCAGAGUCCCACUCACGUCACCGCUGAGAGAGCCGGGUUCGCCUUGACUUCACUGCUGACCGCAGAGAAAGUGAUGAAAAAUGAGAAAGCGGUGUUUGGCGCGAGGGAGGUCAGUGAAGGCGUGUGUGUUAGAGACUUCUGCCGGCUGGGCUGCGUGUGUGACAGUCUGAACAGAGAACCGCGAGGAUCCACUCACUGCAGACGCGUGCAGUGCAUGUUCAGCUGCAGCUGCUUCAAACACAAGAUUCUCCUCGUCCGAUCGCCGCAAACCGGCCACGAGCACAAUGCCAGGAGCCUGAUGGCCUUCCCUGUUGCUGACCCGGGAUCGGACGGCAGACCGGAGCCGGCGCUCAGAAUAAGCAGCCUGUGGCGGAGGAGAGCGGGUGAGAACGACCCCGAGCCGCUCUUCGCUCCCAAGGCCUCCGGAGCGCCGAGACGAGCGUUGCGCUAUUAUGCACCCGCGCCGCGGCCCUGUCCUCAGGUUCAGGAGACGGAGAAGGACCCGGUUUACAUGUACUUAGAGAGCAUGAUGACUUGUGCUCGUGUGCGAGAAUACAACAGUAACCCUCCGCCGCAGGUGCACUUACUGCCUGCUUCAAGAAGCGUAUCAGCGCCUGAUGAAACGACCAGUUCCGUUUCUCAGCUGCGACUCACUGCAUCUCAGAAUCCAGACGAGAGCUGUAAGACGAGAGAGCCGGAGCCCACUAAAGUGCUGGAAAUCAUCUCGGGGUGUAACUGGGAGACCCAUCGCUCCCUGGUGCUGAAGGAACUGUUCCGCUGCGUCAGCAUGAACCUCCUCUCGCCCGCUUUCUACAUCGACGUCUACAAAGUGGAGCUCAUCUCCAAAGAGCUGAAAAAAGACGAGACCGGAUCCACGCUGAGUUACAAGGUGUGCGUGUCCCUCGGACAGACGCCGGAAAAGACCCGUGAGCCAGGGCAGAACGUGAAGAAACGAGAGUCGCAUCUGAGAAGCUCUUCCUGUCAGAAAAUCAACAAACUGAAUGUGAAUGAGAACCGGCAUAUCAAAGAGACGAACACACCCGAUGAGACACAGGAGAAGCACUUCCCUCUUCUGUCUCGUGUCGUUCCCGCCGGUCAUCUGAAGGCUGACAAGAAGACGCUAGUGCGCUCUGGACCGAUAAAGGUCAAUGGAAAAACAUACGCUCAAGCUAAACUGAUCCUGGGCCGGAUGGGAGCGCUGCAUCCAGCUAACCGUCUGGCGGCGUACGUCACCGGCAGGAUAAAACCGCUGCCUCAAAACACGAGCCGAUCGCUUUCCAAAACUAUUCCGAGUGUGAGAGAGACGAGGUGGUCAAACUCAGCUCAUCUGAUCGAUCCCUCAAAACACAAAGUGAGCCAUGCAAACCAGAACAAAACAGCAUUCAAAAUGCCCAUUCCCCGAUUUCCGGUGAUCCCCAGGUCUCCUAAUGGCGUCAGACGUACGCUGUCUUCCGCUCUUCCUAAUCCUGCAGCUCCAAACCCCUCGUCGUUACGUAACCCUGGGCGUGUCCCGAACGCUGUCGCUCCGCCCGUCUCCGGUGCUGACACGAUUCUCCCGGCUUCUGCUCUUCCGCCGGGGCAGCAGGUGAUUCUGCAGCCGGUCGCAGGUAUGACGGGGGUGAACAUGUGUCAGUUUAACGGCCAAAUGAUCCAGCUGGUGCCCAUCACUCCAGCGGUACCCGUGCAGCUGCAGACCAGCGCCGGCACAGGAAGUGCUCAACAGGAGCCACAAACAGCUCAGAUAACCACGUCUACAUUACUGCAGCAGAAUCCAGCAGCUUCACAGACGUCUUCAUCUAAACCCCUUCCAUUCAUCGUACCCAGAAUCCAUGCAGUGCCAGGAAAGACCGUUUUUACCCUUGGAAGUCCUGUAGCUCCUGGUCUACAGAAUGGUUUACUCGGUAAAACUGGAAUGUUUUCCUUCAGAAUAUGUCCACCUUCCGCCGAGAGCAAGACCGUGAGUGUCGAACAGACAGGAAACGCUCUAGAAUCAGCAGGAACUGCUUCCACGUUGUUACUUCCCGGAGGAUAUCGGUUAAUAAAACUACCCAUGUUCGUCAAUGCCGGCGUGAGCGGCCCGGCCACUUCUGCAGCCGCCGAAUGCACCGAGAAAUCAGCUGAAAAGAGCAAAGAGAGCGAAACGACGCAAGAAAACUCUACGAGCUGCAGCCCUGCAGACGAAACGCUCCAGUCCUCAGUCUCUAUUAAGACAGAACCAGAUGAAGAUCUGCUCUCAGACGACGCUGCUCCAGUUAUCGUAAAAGUGGAGUCUUGCAGUGACUCGCUGCAAACGGACGCCGGGCGCUGCGGGAGCGGCUCUGACCAACCUGAACCAGAGAAAAACUCUGUGCGCAUUAAGAUCGAGCCUUGCGAUGAUACGGACCAGACCCGCCAAACGGAUGACAACCAGAACCCAAAGAACAGCGGAGACUCGUCACUCCACGUCAAAACAGAGGAUCCAGGAGAUGAGACGAUCACAAACGUCAAUCAUCCGGAAACAAACAGAUCAUCAGACAGAUCAUCCUCCGUUACUGACGCACAGCAGCAUGUGAGAGAGCGUGAGGAGAUGACGGACACAACAAGAGUUGGUGCUGGUUUUUCAUGCUCUUUAUUUGAGGGCCGUAACUCAUCGGUGUUCGCGCAGCAGAGUUUCACAGCCCCUUCUGAACACGCACACGAUUCUGCCGGCACAAGAGCUGAACACAGACCGGAGGAGAACCAGAACAACAUCGAGUGGCUUUGGAGGAGAAAACGACAGGCUUCGGACGAUCCACGAGCUGAUUCUGACGCUGAAUUCAACGAAUCGAGCAGCGCGUUCAUGUACUCCAGUGACGGAUGGACCACAGAAGACAGUAAUGAUUGGUGCAGUGAGGAUGACGUUGACAUCGAGGCAUUUGAGGAGUAUGAUGAGAAGAUGAACAUCAGCCUCUUAAGAGCAAAGGCAAGACGGAAAAAACAGCAAGCAGAUCAGUGUCAGUGGCUUCUGAAAUGUAAAUCAGCAGCAGAGGCGGCCCAUCGUCCGGUGCGGUUCAUGUCUGAUCUGCCGCUGUAUAAGCGAACGUGGCGUCUGAAUCAGACGCUCAGAGAACGGAAGCAGCAGGUUGAGUUGCUGCAGAGUUUAGAUUCGUUGAAGAGGGUGCUGGGCAUUGAAGAAGACGUCACGAUGAGCACUCAAGACCUGCUCCGAGAGGCUCGUCAGAUGAUCGGAUCUCUCGAGCAGCACGGCACGUCUCUGAUGGCCAAGAAACGGAUUUUGAUUCGGCAGUAUUCACAUUAUCAGACUCUGAUCUCACAGCGCUCCGGCGCCAAUGUGACAGGAACAGAGUUACAGCAGAAAACAGCAGCUCCUUCAUUACCCAGAAGUCCAUCAGAGACGUCUGCGCACAGUCCAGCAGUGCUGAAGAGACGUUUGCCCAACGUAGUCCUGCAGUCGUUCACCCAGACGGCACCUCCCAGACAAUGAAGACGAGUGUCGUGACCCAGCGCUCUGAGCUCAGCAUGAACGUCACUUCAGAUGAACCAGACGAGAAUGAGGAGCGGCUUCAUCCUCCUUGAGAUUCAUCAGUCAGAGAGAGCAUGAGAUGAGAUGUAAAACACAAACACAUCAUCUGCUUUACUCUCUACACAUGAGAGUAAAGCAUCACUCGCUCUCACGUCAUGAAUGUCUCCAUCUGAGCCCUGAAUCGUGUUGAUGGAGCAAUACUUUGAUUUUCUGCUAAUGAUGGAUGGAACUGGCUGUUUUUCACAUUUACAGCAUGAGUACAGUCUUUGUAAACAAAGCAGUUACGUAUUAAUAUUUCUCAGGAUAUUACUUGAUAAUGAGCUCAUUAACCCACAUUGGGGUGAUAUUUUUAUGGAUUCUUGUUUAAUACUAAACAUUUUUUGCACAGUUUAUGGAUUAUGUGUUUCUUUUGUUUAAACAGAUUUAUUUUUGUGAUUUAUGAGUCAUUAUGGACGGUUGACGAGGCCUGUGUUUGUUUUCUGU